UUUAAUUAGUGUAGAGUAUAGAAGAAGCAUCUGUCUGCACUAGUUUUCUCUGAGGCAAACAUGAUCCCAGGGUUUGGUUUAAGGGUAUCUUGGAUCUUUAUGCUUUUUGGCAUUGGCACAUGUUAUCCCAACUAUAGGCAUGACUACGAAACAUCAGUUGACGCAUCAAACGUUGACUUUCAAUCUCUUCCCUCUUACGUACCAAAGGGAUUUGGCUUGACCUACGAGUCUAACUUGGACUACAGUGAUCCUGAAGACGACUCUCAUUGGAUCUGGCCCUACAGCGCUUAUGUGAAUCCUGAGAAGACUUCUGGAUUCCCUGCAAAGUCCCAACAAGAAUCAACCACUGGAAGUUCAGGUUCUGAAGAAUUCGGAGCAUGGUAUGACCCUUCUGGUCAAAGUGACUAUGCAGGUGGGGCUGGUGACGAAGGAUCCAGUGCCUUUGCUGGCGGCACAGAAACGGAUGUUUAUGCUGAUGGACUGGGACCUGAUGGCACAGGAUCUGGUGCCUAUGCUGGCGGCGAGGGACCUGGCGUCUAUACUGGUGGGGUCAGUGGUGCGGGGUCCUUUGACGCUGGUGGCGUGGAAACCGGUGUCUAUGCUGGCAGUGGGGGAUCUGGCGGUGCGGGAUCUGGUGCCCGUGCUAGUAGGGCCAGUGGCAUGGAAUCGGAUUAUGGGUAUUCGCCUCAGUCUGCAGGAACUAUUCAACAGUUGUCCUCCCUGGGGGACGGCUUGAUGACUGCUCACCAGCUGCCGUUUGAAGCCUGGAACACUAGACUGGUACCUGAUCAAGUGUUGGCACAGCCCCCAGUGCAUCCAUCAUCCCUUGUUGUCCAGUCCCACGGUGCCUUUGAAAGGGCAAGAGACUUCCGCUCUGACAUCACAUACAGUCAGAAUACCUUUGACUACAUUCCUCUAACUGAAAUGCAGAAAGAGACUCGCCCAAAAACUGGACCUAAAGGGCAGAACCUCCGUUGAGGUAAAAGGGUUUGUUUAUAUCUAAACUACUGAACAUUUGUUGAAUCUUUAUUUUCCUUUACUUGUCUUGCAGAAUAAUUGAAAACCACCCUAUCAUGGAAACUCCAUGUGGUGGUUUAAAAUAAAACUAAGAACUUGC